CACCCUUUGUGUUACCUACCGCCCGUCAAUCAAAAUAGAAACAAUUCUGACAGUUAUCACUUAUUUCUAGGCGCAAACAAUCAGUUUAAUGUGCUGAUCAUGUCCGGCGGCUUGUGACUAUCAGGACUCUCCAUUUCACGACAAGUCACGUAAUGACUGCCCCAGAACAGCCGAUGAAACCAGAAGAUAUGGCUGCCUUGGACGUGGACAGCAGUCAAAGAGAUUUUCUGCAGCAGGAGCAAGACAGGGGCAAUCAGGACACUCAGCCAUCACCCCUCGACCUGCUCGCAACCACCUGCACUAAGGUUGGGUCUCCGUCGUCAGAGGUGGACAGAGGUGCUGCCGCUGAUGUGACAUCAGAUCCAUCUGUGCAGCUUACUGGGACUGAUAAAUGGGAGGUGUUAACCCCCACGACAGCAACAAAGGAGGAAGCUGGAAUGAUACAGAUCCAAAGUCAAGGAAUAUUAACAUCCAACGGACAGUAUGUUCUUCCUCUCCAGAACUUACAGAGUCAGCCAAUCUUCGUGACGUCGGGAACGGACGCCUCCUCUGCCAAUUCAGUGCCUAACAUUCAGUACCAAGUAAUUCCUCAGAUUCAGACAGCAGAUGGACAGCUGAGCUUCUCCACAUCCGCCGUGGAAGGAGCUACUCUGACUCAGGACGCCACGGGGCAGAUCCAGAUCUUGCCUGACGGUAGCCAGAGUCUCAGUGUCACAUCAACUGCAAACAUCCUUAAUAACAACCAGAACCUCAUAUCACAGACUGGUAAUGUCCAGCAGCUGCAGGGGGUUUCUCUUGGCAGCUCCACCUUCAACAACCAGGGUCAGGUUGUUACUAAUGUGCCUCUGGGUUUGCCCGGGAACAUCACUUUUGUUCCUAUAAACAGCGUGGACUUGGACUCCCUCGGCCUUUCUGGUGCUCAGACUAUAGCAACAGGGGUCACUGCUGAUGGCCAGCUAAUUAUGGCGAGUCAGCCCGUGGAUGGCUCUGAGAGUCUGGCGAAGUCAGAUAAUCACCUCUCACAGACAAUAUCAGUAAAUGACUCGAAUGCAAAUCAUGAGAUAUAUGUGCCAACGUCUUCCUCUCAGCUACACAUUCCAGUGAACGAAUCAGGUCUGCUGACACAAAACACUUCAUUGUCAUCAGAGCAAGCCGACGCAAGUUCUGGUCUCCAGGAGGGCUACAUCCAACAGAAUCAGGAGCAGAGCAUCCAGGUGUCCUCGGCUCAGCCCAUCAUCCAGCUGCAGCAGGUACCGAUCCAGACCACCAACGGUCAGGUGGUCCAGUCCGUGUCGGCAGGCGGGCAGAACGUGCAGCUGAUCAACCCGGGAACCUUCAUCAUCCAAGCCCAGACGGUCACGCCGUCAGGUCAGAUACAGUGGCAGACCUUUCAGGUGCAGGGAGUGCAGAACCUGCAGAACCUGCAGCUGCCCACAACACCACCCCAGCAGAUAACCCUGGCUCCAGUCCAGACCCUGUCACUGGGCUCCGGUCAAGUCAACAUCAGCACAGGACAGAUCCCCAACCUGCAGACGGUGACGGUCAACACAAUGGCCCAAAAUGAAGGAGACACAGACAACCUUGGAGACAUUCGGAUAAAAGAGGAGCCAGACACCGGGGACUGGCAGUUAAGCACCGACUCCACCCUGAACACGAGCGAUCUGUCUCACCUUCACGUCAGGCUGGUGGACGAGGACGAUCAGAUGGGUCAGGAGGGCAAGAGGCUGCGCAGGGUGGCGUGUACCUGCCCCAACUGUAAAGAGUCAGGUGGGAGGGGAUCCAGCACGGGGAAGAAGAAGCAGCACAUCUGCCACAUUGCCGGCUGUGGGAAAGUAUACGGAAAGACAUCGCACCUGCGAGCACACCUGCGCUGGCAUUCAGGGGAGCGACCUUUUGUUUGCAGCUGGAUGUUCUGUGGGAAGAGGUUCACACGCAGCGACGAGCUGCAGAGACACAGGAGAACACACACAGGAGAGAAGAAGUUUGUCUGCCCAGAAUGUUCCAAGCGUUUCAUGCGGAGCGACCACCUGGCGAAGCACAUUAAAACUCAUCAGAACAAAAAAGGCGUGAACUCUGGCAGCGCUGUGGUGGCCUCGAUGGAAUCCGCGGGGUCCUCAGACAGUAUCAUCACCACGGCAGGCGGGACCACCCUCAUCCUCACCAACAUCCAGCAGGGUUCCAGCAACGCCCAGGACAUCCUGGCCAACGCAGAGAUCCCUCUCCAGCUCGUCACCACGGUCGCAGCCAGCGAAGUCAUGGAGUGAUUUACACUCCACUUAUGAACUUCUACAACCUCUCUCAUACUGUAUACUCCUACCUGCAUUUUUAUUCGAGUUUUGAAGAAAAAUUAUAAAUAUAUAUAUAUUUUAACACAGAAAUAGUCAGUCCAUGUCCACACUCGGUUUGUACUGAGGAAAAACUAGUCGUGGAGACUAAAAGAAGAUGGAAAAAGACAUUGCAGUAAACACACAAGGAAAUGCCUUAUUUUGUACAAUAUUGUGUUGUUGGAAAUGUAGGAUGCCAUUCAGUUUUGAAUCUGCUUUUUUUUUUUUUUGUUAAUGUGUUUUUCACAAAAAAUUAUUGGUAAGUUGAGCAAUUUUCUCCUCGCUCUUUUUUGAUGGUAUAUUCUAAUGAUGUCGUUGGAAAGGUUUGUUCCAUCCUUUUGAGCAAAAACGAAAUCUCACAGUAGAGCUAAUGUUAUUCAACUGAAGUCAUGUUAUUGCUUACGUCCAUGCAGAUUUAUUCAUGUUAUUUGUUCUUUUUUUUUAAUAUGAUGCAGUCUUUUUUUCAGUGUCCUCCUCGCAGUCCUGUUUUUUUUUCUUUUUUAACUUUGCUCACACCUGCUACACUUUGCAAGUGAAAAUCAAAACAAUCAAAAUUUUGUAUUCUAGUUCCUCUUGAACAUACACUGUUGAUAUGAUACACAUUAUUUGCUUAUUAAAUAUUUUUGACUGAACAGCUAUUUAUAUUUGGGCUUUACAUAGAUGAUGCAUUUGUGAUAUAAAAAGUCCAAAAUAUUUCAAAUAGCUCCAUUAUAUGUAAUUUAAAUGUGUUUUUUGUAAAAAAUCUUUUCUGGAGGACUUAAAAAAACAUGCAUUGUAAUAUGAAGAAGUAAAGCCAUUUCUUUUUUGGAGGUAAUUUUUGGCCAAAUUUGACUACAAACUCAGGUGACUUGUGACUGUGUGAUAUAGUUAGAGUAAAUCACCCAUAUAGCUUCUCGGGCCAUGGUGGUGAUGUUGUGAAGAAAUGUUAUUUGAUGAUGAAGAUGAUGGACCAAAAGCUGAGGUGAAGCUGUCACCGUGUUACCAGUGCUCGUUGAAUUCAGCCCCUCUUCAUGUUCUAGAAACAGCUUUGCAGAAUUCUCACCAGUAUCUUGCUCCAUCAUGCAGUUGGAAAAAUGUAGUGUAUUACUGAAAGCGGUACUCUUUUUAACAGCACUAUUCUCACCACUUUCAUCCUUUUGUAUAAAAAAGUGUUUUGUAUACUUCCCAAGAAACUGUCAUUUAUAUUCAUUGUCAGUAAAUGUACAAUGUUUCUGUCUUUCUGUUGAUACGUUUUCUUUUUCUGUAUGUUGCAUUCCCCUGUUCUAGGUUGUUUUUUAUUUGAUCCCCUCCAACUGUUGAAUUGUUAAAUUGAAUACACACUGAACAGUGAAUUAUGGUGGCAUAUUUGAUUAGAUAUUUGUGAAACAUAAUGAAAUAUUAUGGGUUUUUUUGCUCACAUGGACUCGUUGUCCUCUUCAGGAGGUUAUACUUUACCCCCAUUAGAACAGCAACUUUAUAUUCUGUACUAAACACUGAAGAUUUGUUUCACUCAAAAAUCUUCUGUAUAAUUAUGUCAGUAUAACAUCAAUAUAAAUCUUUCUGUUACACUUGAA